AUGUAUCUGGCGCACUGUCUCAUCAUUAAAGUCAUAAUUGUUAAGCGUUGCAAUAAAUCCAUACAGGAUGUAAUAGCUUCGGACAGCAAGGAGGGCAAGCCGCUGGCGGAGGGAGGAGCAGCUGAGCCGCCGGAGGAGGACGGUAGUGAGUCCCUGACAUCAGCCAUGGCCAUCGAGGGUUUCGUGCAGGGAGCACCCGAGGAUUAUACAGUUCAGUCUCAAACUGCAAUUGAUGAAGAUACGCGCAUCCAGCGUAUUGUCGAGUCCGGCGACCUGGAGCAGCUGGCCGAGAUCGUGCUGAAUGGCGACGGGGGACGCCUGAUGGGCCUGAAGUCGCCGGAGCCGGAAAUACAGGCCUUUCUCAACAACGUGCCCAGCUAUAUGGAGAAAAUCCAUCGCGUGCACGACGCGGCACGUGACGGCGGCCUGCUGGCACUGCAGCAGGCUCUGGAUCGCCGGAAGUUUGCCAUUGCAAAGGACGACAUAUCGCCCAACGGCUCCACGGCCCUGCACGUGGCCGUGCUCUUUGGCCACACGGACAUCGUUCGGUACUUGGCCUCCCGUUUCCCGGAGACCAUGACGAUUACGGAUAAUGACGGGCGCACGCCGCUUCAUUACGCAGCCACAAUUAAGGACAAUGGUCACUUUUACAACAUGCUUCUGCAGUUGGGUGCCAAUCCCAAAUCGUUGGACAAGCUGGGCCACUCGGCCGAGUUUUACCUGGACAGGGACAAGGCGAAAAACAUACUCAACUACACCGAGCUGCUCAACAUUUUCGGGGCCGAGGAACUGGAGAACCAGUUGCUCAACGACCAGGGGCUAGUUGAACUCAGUCAGUCAUCGAUUUUCGGUCGCACCGUGCAGCACACGUCCUACUCGGCGUAUACGUGA